AUUCAAGUCUAUUGGUAAAAUAGUUACGCCGGGCAAACAUAAUGAAGAACUGUAUUCACUAACUAAGAAAAAAAUGAAUAAUUAAAGGUUCAUUUAAAAUCUGUUUUCAAUCUGCAAGCAAUGUGAUGGUAGAACAAGGGUACGAAAUGGUCGUAUGGAGACAAGUAGACUUGACUAGAUUGGAUAGGAAAAUGUCAGGAGAUACAUUAUGGACAUUGUUUCCGCACACAAUUGUCCCACUCGGAUGCGCUAUUGUGAUUGUUGUUGCAGAACUCAAAAAUACGGUCAAGGUGGGAGUUACAUGCUGUUGUGUUAUUCUUGGUUCCGUCUGCUUUGUUGUAGCAAAGACACAGUGUCUCAUCUGUGUAAUCCGGUCGCAAGGCCGUCAUUAUACAUUUACAACCUAUAUGGUCGGUUGCUGCCUGUUCUGUUACGGCAAUGACCAUUAUCGCGAAUAGGAAAGCGAUAAGACCAAGCCGAGAAAACACUGUUGCCAUGAUCCGCAGUUGUCCGAAAAAGAAGUGAUGAUAAAGAAAAGAAAGAGAACAAGACCUCAAUCCGCCUUAUGAGGAGUCUAUGGAGAUAUAAUGUG